AUGAAAUUCGUUGUAUUAGCUCUCGCUCUUAUCGGUGCUGCUUCAGCUGGUUACAUUGCUCCUGGAGGGUAUUCUGCACCCCUUGUUGGUGGAAUUGGUGCUCCAAUAGCCGCAGGAUACCAAGCCCCCAUAAUUAGCGGAUACCAAGCUCCUAUCGCCAGUGGCUACAGUGCUCCCCUAUUAGGAGGGUACCAUGCUCCAGCUGUAGGGGGAUUCAACGCUCCUUUACUUGGCGGCUACAGCGCUCCAUUAACUGCUGCUCCAAUUGGUUAUUCUUCCGGAGCCCUUACUCACAACGCGAUUCACGGAGGUUAUGCUGCACCAGAGUUUGGCAACGCUUUGUGGAACAAGAAGGCAUCAGCCUAA